GGCUAUUCGGCAUUCGUUUGUGACCCAUCAUGACCGAGGACACAGCCGAUCAUGAAAACUCCAACGAAUCAACGCCUCAAGUCACUGAGGGAUGUCGUAUGCCAGUUCGGAUGCGCAACAGUAAUGACUGGCCACUUGCCGAGAUUCUCAGCAUCAAGGAGCUACCUGACAAUCAGUGCCUGUACUACGUUCACUUCAUUGAUUACAACAAGCGUCUGGACGAAUGGGUGACGGUCGAGCGCUUGGACCUGAAGAAGCUGCAGUUGCCUCGGAAAGAGAAUAAGACACCACUGAAGGACGUGAAGAAUGGCUCUCGACCGUGCUCGCCAGACUUGCUAGCCCCAGCAUCUGUGGUUGACGUGUGGCCUCAAAAGUCGCCAGCAGAAGCCAAGGUUCCGGUCAAGGAGGCCCUCCCACCGGCCAGCGCCGCCGAAUCGUGGGCGGAGAAAUCGCCCGGUGAGCCGGCCGCCCCGUCCGCGGCCGUGAAAGAAACGAAGGAGAACUCUGAGGUUUGGAGCAAAAAGGCUAGGACAUCCGAAGUGAGCAAAGCAGUCAAAGAGAAUGGGGCCCCCCCGAAGAAAGCAGCAGGAAGGAAGAGGAAGUGUCUUCCCACCGAAAACGAGGCUCUGCCUUCGGCGGUGGCCACGCAGGACUCCCAGGACUCGUCCACACCCUGCCCGCGCUCCACGGGCAGCAUGGUGGCCCACCACGACGACAUCGUGACACGCAUGAAGAACAUUGAGAUGAUCGAGCUGGGACGUAACCGCAUCAGGCCCUGGUACUUCUCACCGUACCCACAGGAACUAGUCAACUCGUGCAUUUACCUCUGUGAGUUCUGUCUAAAGUACACCAAGUCCCGAACCUGUCUCAAGCGACAUCUGGCCAAAUGCACGCUCAAGCAUCCGCCGGGUAACGAGAUAUACCGCAAGGGAAACUACUCCUUCUUCGAGAUUGAUGGCCGGAAGAACAAGAUGUAUGCACAGAACCUUUGCCUGCUGGCCAAGUGCUUCCUCGAUCACAAGACGCUGUACUAUGACACAGACCCGUUCCUUUUUUACGUCAUGACCGAGGUCGACAGCCGUGGCUACCACCUCGUCGGCUACUUCUCCAAGGAGAAAGAGUCGACAGAGGACUACAAUGUGGCCUGCAUCCUGACACUGCCACCCUUCCAGAGGAAAGGCUUUGGCAAACUGCUCAUCGAGUUCAGCUACGAGCUGUCAAAGUUUGAGGGCAAGACGGGCUCUCCGGAGAAGCCGCUGUCGGACCUGGGCUUGCUCUCCUACCGCUCCUACUGGUCCGAGACCAUCCUCGAGAUCAUGAUCAACAUGGCUCCCAACGAGGCGGGCGAGAAGCCGCAGAUCACGAUUCAUGAAAUGAGUGAGCUGACGAGCAUCAAGAAGGAAGAUGUGAUAUCGACGCUGCAGUACCUGAACCUCAUCAACUACUACAAGGGCCAGUACAUCAUCACCCUGACGCGAGAGGUGAUCGAGGCGUACGAGCGGGCGGCCCUCAAGCGGCCCCUGCGCAUCGACCCCAAGUGCCUGCACUGGACGCCCAAGGAUUGGUCCAAGCGCGGCAAAUGACCGCCGCCUUCGUCGGUCGCACGCCCCACUCCGCAGGAGUGACAGUGCAUUUGUCCACCGUCGUGCACCGGAGUGUUUUCCGCAUGCUGUUGAUGCCAAAGCCCAUCGCCUUUCUGUCUCAACUCCCUCGAUCACCUGCAGCAAAUAGUGACAACGUGUUUGCAGCAAUGGCGGCGCAUCAGUCAUCCCUCCGACUUCUGACAACGCAAGCUCGGUCAUUUGUGUGCGUGUGUAUGUGCGUGUGCCCCAUCUUUUUGUUGUUGUUUCUUUUGACGUACCCCGGACACUUCGUGUUGCCACCGAAAAUCAUCGCCAUUUCAAAAAGUUCGGCUCGCAAAAUGCCUUGAUACUCGCAUCGAAGCGACGGCAUCAUUACCAGCGUUUGUGCGAACGAGUUUUGUUGAGUUGAUUUAGGUUUACAGGGUGUAUGGGAAACACGCAAGUUCUCUGUCGUUGAUGUCACAGUCACAAGUCUGGCAUUCAUUUCUGCGUCAUUCAGUAGUACGCAAACUAACGCAGACUAUGCAAGCGCAUGCCGUAAUGACCGUCUGCGCCAUCUGCUGGUGAUCUGCCCGCUGUCAAUAGCCUUGCUUGUGCAUAUGCACAGAUUUUUGUGUUUGCAGCUACGUCAGGUUGCCGCUUGUGCUAGUGGCUUGCUGAUGCUUGCUACACUAUCAUUAUCACAAUAUUAGUGCAAGAGGUGUAGCUGGGUAUUGGAGUAAACUGAAAGGUGUUAACACUUCAAACGCUCCUUGCAAAGAAUAGCAAUGGCGUUCACUGCUGUGACGGCCUCUUGCACCAAGAAAACUAUAAUCUGCAACUCCUUGUCGUGCCUGCGAGCACGAAAAGCCACACAUCUGCACAAGCAAGGCUCUAGACAGUUGGCAGAUCACUGGCAGAUGUGGUGCAAACUGCCGUUUCAUCAUGUGUUCGUGUGGUUCGUGUUAUUUUGUGGUGGACUGCUGCUUCAACUAACAUUCUUGGGGUAGGUUUAAUUAGCUGCCAGGCACAGCUAGUGAUUGGUCAAUGCCUUGGCUGUCAUCCGACCGACCUUUUCGUCAAGACCAGUUGUGAAAUGCCAGUAUGCAUGGACAUUCCAUUGAAUCAAGCAGCUGAUUAAAUUCAUCUAAUUGAUUGGCAGCCGGAGUCGCGAACACUUUUACAUCAUCCACACACAAAAGCUGGUGCCAAUUUAAGUGUGCUUUUGUUUACAGAACCCCACCGUUUACUGUUACUUUUGUUUGUUUUUGUUUAUUUGGGGGGGGGGGGGGGUCUGUUGAAUGAUGGCUCUGGGAAUGGUGCCUUCAGUUUUCAGCGCAAGUCAUUUUGCAAGCCGAGCUCUGCCACUUCGCUCAGCCAGUCUGAGAGUUGCUGUUCGUCGUCUAGACCGUAUCGUCUUUCAUCGUCGUUAGGAUGUUAUUUAAUUGCACCGUAAAACCCCCCAUCGCCACCAUUUCAGAAGCAGCAAAGAUGAGACAUUCGGAAGCUUGAUUCUGUGGCCAUUUGGGGAACUUGCUCUUCAUUCUGCUGAUCCCCUUUUAUAUAGACCUUUUUCUUUUUCCUUGGUUCUUGUGAAGGGCCACUUGGGUUCUCCGUGUGCAAAGGUUGUUACUUCAAAGGUCUCAUCAAGAACGACGAGUGGAUCCGAUUACCCAAGUGAGGUUGAGAGGUAGCGUGCGUUCAGCUUGGAGAAUAAUUAACUCUCUCUUCUUGUAUGUGUGCCUGUUGUAAAAGACAGACGAUCAAUGUCCCCUUUCCCAUUGAAGUGUGAUACAGUUUUUCUUUAUCAAUGCAACUGACGUAUGCUUGCCAUGCUGUCGUCUCUGUUUGCCGUGUUCAAAGCCCUGUGGUUCCGAGUCGUUGAAGAAUGCGUGCUGUUCCUCGUCGUUACGUGGUGAUGCAGCUAUGUCUACAAGUGGAACACCUUUUUUUUGCCACGGUACCUGGUGUACAAAAAAAGAAAAAAAAAAACAGCUCCAAGCUUGUUUUCAGUGUGUGGUGGUCUUGUGGUGUGUGUACAGUGUAGGUGUCGCACUCUUUCUUCGCAGUCAAGGACAACAUUAAGGGAGAAAAAGCCAAAAAAUAUUCAUUACAUAUUAUUUUCUUGUAUAAUACCUUCCAUUUCUGUACAUACAUUACACUCUGCAUUGCCUUCCUGCCUGGGUUGGUACUUACUGUAAAAUGUUGUACAUAGCUUGCUUCUUACCUUUUUUUUUUUUUUAAUGCGACGCAGCGCGACCCUUAGGUUAAUAAAUUUCUGUAAAUACAAA